AUGCAGCAGCCCCUAAACUACCCGUACCCCCAAAUCUACUGGGUGGACAGCAGGGCCCCCUCCCCUUGGACUUCUCCAGGGACAGUCCUCCCCUGUCCCUCCUCGGUGCCUAGAAGACCUGGCCAGAGGAGGCCACCGCCACCGCCGCCACCACCACCACCACCACCACCGCCACUGCCACCCCUGCCUCCACUGCCACUGACACCUCUGAAGAAGAGCAGGGACCACAACACAGGCCUGUGUCUCCUUGUGAUGUUUUUCAUGAUCCUGGUGGCCCUGGUUGUGCUGGGGCUGGGGAUGUUUCAGCUGUUCCACCUGCAGAAGGAGCUGGCCGAGCUCAGAGAGUCCUCCAGCCAAAGGCAUAUUGAAUCAUCUUUGGAGAAGCAAAUAGGUCACCCCAAUCCAAGCUCUGAAAAAGGGGAGCAGAGGAAAGUGGCCCAUUUGACAGGCAAGCCCAACUCAAGAUCCAUCCCUCUGGAAUGGGAAGACACCUAUGGAAUUGCCCUGGUCUCUGGGGUGAAGUAUAAGAAGAGCAGCCUCGUGAUCAAUGACACUGGGCUGUACUUCGUGUAUUCCAAAGUGUACUUCCGGGGUCAGUCCUGCAAGAAACAGCCCCUGAAUCACAAGGUCUAUAUGAGGAACUUGAAGUAUCCCCAGGACCUGGUGCUGAUGGAGGAGAAGAUGAUGGACUACUGCACUACCGGCCAGAUGUGGGCCCGUAGCAGCUACCUGGGCGCGGUGUUCAAUCUCACCAGUGCUGACCAUUUAUAUGUUAAUGUGUCUGAGUACUCUCUGGUGAAUUUUGAAGAGUCUAAGACAUUUUUUGGCUUAUAUAAGCUCUAAGAGCACUUUGGGGUUCUCUCCAUUGUGGCUCCUUGAUACAGGCACUGAGAAUGUUGUCUUGAAGGAGGGUCUUCUUAAGCCCACUUGAGGUCAAGUGAGAAGACAUAAACCAAGAGGAUUCUGAGACCAGAGUCCAGCAGGUCUACGGUUCCCCAUCUCGCCCAAGGUCCAUGAGCCAGACAGGAUGAGGAAAAUAGCUGGUGAACAUAACACUCUGGGCUGCAUGUCAAAAUGCAAGAUGGGCUAAAGCAGCUACCGGGGUGUUCUACACUCAGCUUCAGAGGCCAAGAGUGUUUGGGCACAUUGCAAAGGACACCUUCUAACUCACCUCUUGCGGUGGGUCUACUGUCUACCUCAGGGAGGCUGUCUUUCAGGUGUAAGGGAUGGAAGAAGGUGACUAAGCUCAAGAGACUGAAAGGCCGGUGUCCCAGUGGCAGCAUUUUUACUUCUCAAGCCAUAGCCUGAGCUCCCAGGUGAUGCAAAUAGAAAAGCUAGGGAUAUCUGUGGGGGAUGCAGUCCAUUCCCUAUACAGCAUGUAUGUUUCCAAAGCAAUUGUAGGUGUGUGUGUGUGUGUGUGUGUGUGUG